UACACCGACGGUGGAGCUUCGAUUUCACGUACUGUUUCUUCACUGAAAACAAAAAACCAUCGCGCUACACUGUGUAUGGUACGCAAGCGGUCCAAGAUGCUGUCGUCAGUGCCAGCGAAAUAAUAAUGUGGUGCGACGUUGGUCAGAGUUGUGCAAUGAUGGGUCUGCAGGCCACGGCAGGAAAACGUAAACUGGAGGGAGGUGUGGGCUGCAUGGAGUUCGACAUGGAUAUGGGCGAGAGCCCAUCGAAGUUGGGUCGGGUUGAGGGUAGUUGGUGGGCGAUGGAGGAUAGCUACACCCCCCCGCUAAGCCAAACACCGACGUCAUACUAUGAAAUGGAAGUGAGUUCGCCCUGCCUGCAGACAAAUCCUUGUCAGCCGACAUCGGCAAAUCAACAACAACAGCAGCAGCAGCAACAACAACAACAGCAACAUCAGACGUCGCAGCUGCAACAACAACAGCAACAGCAGCAACUAUCGUCGACACCGACGUCAGCGCUACCGCCAUCCACGGUGGCGCAUUUGCAUCACCAUCCUCAACACUAUUAUCAUCAUCAACGUGGACCUAGCAGUCCAGUCGGUAACAAUGGUUACAGUCAACUAUCGAGGCCUCAGCCACAGUGGGGGACGCCUCACCAUUACGAGCCGCCGACGAUACGACGCGAGGAAAACGGCAAGAGUUAUUUGGAGCUUGGUUCGAGUUACCGGGCGAACGAGAGGUGCUGCGAGGGCUCGAGGUCGAGUUGGUGUCGACGCGGCAGAGCCUGUUACAGGCAAAGGCGGCUAGCCGUUUUAAAUAUUUCGAUGUGCAAGUUGGCGAGGUAUCGCCAGUUUCCAGAUCCGAGCCUUCAUCGAUCGGUCCUUAUCUGCAAUACACUUAGGCAUCUAGAACGAGAAAUGGAAAGGGACAGAAGUCCGCCGCCCAUGGAGCCGGUUAUACCAGCGCCGAUUGCUCAACUUCAACCACCCGAGCAGGGUAGGCUAACGCCUUUCCCAAUGCCACCGACGUCUUCGAACGAGACCGAUGUUGACUCCGGCAUCGGCGACAGCGACGAUAGCCGUUCGAUCAAUUGGGGCAGCGUGCUGUCCCUCUCGAGUCAGUCGCCUCUAGAUCCACUGAACAACAACGAGUUACUGGAUGUCGAUAUCGGUCCAGACCUAGACCUAGACUUCAUGCCUGGAUGGAAGCUGACCCCCUUGUCCGCCGACGACAUCCUGAGGAGUACGACGGCGCAAGAGCAGCAGCAACAACAUCAUCAUCAGCAUCAACAGCAGCAACACUUAGGUCCAGCCAGCGGUAGCUGCGGUAGCAGCAACGUGAACGGCGCCUGUGUCAGCACCGGAAGCAGCAGUAGUACGCACGAGUCGUUGAUGUGCGUUGGAUCAUAGCCCCCAAUUUUGACAUCGUUGAGUCACCUCAUCGACUUUUACCCGUUGAUGCCGCAGAGCAAAUAAAUCGCGGCUUGAUUAACCCAGGACUGCAAGUAAAAAGAGUGCAGACACGACAUAAUCCGCAACCUCUGUUCGAAAGUGCGGGCGCCUGGUCGAC